AUGUGUUCCCCGCCGGGUGGCCUGCAGCCUGCAGCCGCCUGGAACUUGGAAGAGCGUUGGAUCCUCCCGGCUGAGGUCUGCGCCCGGCGGGGCCGCGGGGGAGAACGCGCAGACACAUGGGUCCUGCCCAAGCGCGGCCCCUCCGCUGUGCAGCCCAUGGGGGCGACCGCUCGUUGGACUGAGGGACCCCAGCCGGGACAUCCUGCCGGGGGGCGCCGGCAGGAUCUGGAGAGGAGCUGCAGGGAGCCCAGGGGGCGCCAGGUUGCAGAAGAGGCCAUGGGCGAGAGGAGCUGCCCACUUCUGCCGCCGCUGCUGCUGCUGGCGCUGCUGUGGCGCCCGGGACUGGAGAAGCAGGACUCGCAGGAAGAGAACCCGCAGGCAGGUAAGGCGCCCCCGACGAGCCCCCUGCGUGGUGCGCGGGCGUCGGAUGCAGAGGACGGUGCGAGGACGCCUCAUCUCUCCCUCUCCUCCGCCUCAGGGCCCAUGAGCACCCUGCUGCUCUCAAGGCCCUGCGGCCGCCGGGAGGUCCGCCCUCUGAUCGUGGGUGGAGUGGAGUCCUCGCGCGGGCGCUGGCCGUGGCAGGCCCUGGUGCGUGUGCGCAAUGUCAAGACGUGCGGAGGGAGCCUGCUCAGCCGCCGCUGGGUGCUGUCGGCCGCGCACUGCUUCAGGAGGUUCUCUCGUGCUUCCAGGUGGAUAGUCCAGCUUGGUGAGCUGACUCUCCGCCAAUCUUUCUGGAGCCUGCAGGCCCACCGAAACCGGUACAGAGUGAAGGACAUCAUUGUGAACCCCCAGGCUAGAGGAAAGUUCCAUGACAUCGCCCUGCUGAGGCUGGCCUCCUCGGUCACCUACAGCAAGUACAUCCAGCCCGUCUGUGUCCUGUCUUCUACCUUCAUGUUCCUGCACCGGUCUGACUGCUGGGUGACUGGUUGGGGAGUCAUCCAUGAGAAUAUGGUACCUCUGCCACCCCCCUACCGCCUCCGGGAAGUGCAGGUCACCAUCUUCAACAACAGCAGGUGCAGGGAGCUGUUCGCGUUGCCCUUUCAGCGCAGCUCCAUCAGUUUUGACAUGCUUUGUGCUGGUGCUGAGAAUGGCAGCAGGGAUACCUGCCACGGUGACUCAGGAGGACCCUUAGUCUGCGACUUGGAAGGGCUGUGGUAUCAGAUUGGAAUUGUGAGCUGGGGAGUGGGCUGUGGUCGACCCAACCGGCCUGGAGUCUACACCAACGUCAGUCUACACUUUGACUGGAUCCGGAUGCUGGUAUCCCGUAAUGACAUGCCCAGGCCUGACCCCUCCCCUGCACUGCUGUUCCUUACUCUGCCCUGGGCUCCCAGGCUCCUGGGGCCAGCCUGA